UUUAUUUUCAUUCUGUUUUCAAAACAGACGUCAAACGCUUUCUUUUGUUCUUAUUAUUUUGACUUUAAAUCGCCAGGCUAUUCUUUUUUUAAUCAUACAACUUUCGGUCUCAAAUGACGAAACAUUCUGAAUGGAAGUGACUGGAAAAACUCACAUAAACUGAAAGCUCUUGGAUUUGAGGUUAGGUGUCCUGCGAAAUUUGAUACUUCUCUCGGCGACACUUGAAUCGCUCUGAAAGCUUCACAAUCAUUUUAUUUAUUCAUUCCUUGGUGCUAAUACUUGCUGGGGUUUGUUUUAAGAACUUAAAUUGAUGUAUGUUUAAGUUUCUCGCAGUUUCACGCGAGAAAAGGAGCUAUCUUCGUACUAUUUCCCGACCGUUUUGUAAUGUGUUGAGUUUUGACAUGGAUCUUGGUGAAAUCCUCGCGAAAUGUUGAAUUCUAAUGGAGCAGCUGCAACCCCAAAGUCUACGCGGAGGAGACAAUCACAAGAACAACAGGAUUAUACGUCUGGAUAUCCAAAUAACGAAGAGUAUAGAGAGGACCUUGGACAAAUUACGCACGGAAUAAAUACUUUAGUUCAUGACAUUUAUAACGAACCGGAUGAUUUAGAAAGCGUAGGGCUUUUCCCAGCUAGCGAACAGGAAGUGAGACAUCAUGGUUCGAGACAAGCGAAUAAUUCCAAUCAAAGAAUCGUAAGUUACUCGCACAGCCCGGGGAUACUCAGGCGAUGUCGGCUACCUUUUUCAAGAGGAAAUGGGACUGUUGCCAUGUCAAAACAACCGGUAAACCGAGACCCUCGAAAGAAUAUCCCUAAGAAUCAUAACUCUCAAGUGCAGAGUGAAAUGAAAAACUAUCGAUGCCAGAGAGGAGGUGAUCCUAAUUCAGAUGGGGUCUCUGAUAUAUCUGCUUGCUCAUCAGGGUCACAUAGUUCCACUGAUGAGUCAGGGUUGAGCCCAACGGGACAGUUGAAACAAACUCACGUUGCAACCCACAAGUUUAUUAUGCGCCAUAACGAUGAAAUCAACCUUGAUGAAGGUGAUCCAAUGAUGGUGUAUCAAACCUGUGAAGAUUUGUGGUGCGAAGGGACGAAUUUGCGGACUGGGCAGUGCGGGGUGUUUCCGUCUCGAUAUGUAGCAAGUAUUCUAAACUCACAAAGAAAACGACAAGAUUCUUUUUCAACAUUCAGUACUUCCAGCUCCUCUAAUCACAACCAGUUUCACUUAAGGUUUCUUGGCUCAGUUGAGGUCAAGUAUUAUAAAGGAAACGAUGUCCUGUGCACAGCCAUGAAAGAGAUUGUGAAGCAAAGACGGCUCUCUGUCACACAGAGUUCUCCACCAUUCUGUACAGUAGAGGUCAGCGUGAAGGGGAUAAGUGUGGUACAACACGGCACAGAGGGGGCAGAAGAGGCCCAAAGCCCUAAGAAGUCUGCCAGCAGGACCAAGUUGGGAAAGCUAUUCGACAAAGAUCAAAAGGGCCUGUCCGAAACAAAGUUAUUCUUCUUCCUGAAGAACGUCACCUUUUGUGGCUGCCAUCCUAAUAACACAAGAUACUUUGCGUUCAUCACAAAACACCCAGAGGAACCUCGAUUUGCAUGUCACGUGUUCAUGUCUGAGUUCUCCACCGAACCUGUGGCCUACUCUAUUGGAAAAGCGUUUAAGGAUUUCUACGCUGACUUCCUUGGUCAUCAAAGCUCGAGUGGGGAUGAUUUUUACGUGGAUUAGCAGUAAUCCUCCCUGGGGAGUGCUGGAUUCCGAGUGUUUUUAGAAGCUAAAGGUAUUUAGUGUUAGUCUUUGCAACUUAGUUUUACCAAAUCGUGCACUUCCAAAAACGUUUUCAGUAGGGAAGUCAUUAAUCGGUUAAGGUUUACAAAUUAAGUCAUGGCUAAACAGUGUGAAUGAAUUUGAAAUUUGUAACUUUCAGCAACAAAGACGCAUACAUACAAUUGAAUUCCUUUUUUUAUCUCGGAUGUCAUAGGAGGAGAACUCGUGAAUGUAAGAUAUUUUUUCUUUCUUGUUUUAUAAGGUAUUAUAUCCAACACUCACAUCGAAUUACAAUUUUCGGAUACGCUAAAGCGUUUAUAAAAAGAAUAAAUAUGUCACAAAUAAAAUAGUUUAUCGAGACAAUUUAAAUAAUAAAAAAGAUAAAACUUACAGAUCACACAGAUUUGUUAAUUUAUACUAUUUGAUAUUUUAAAUUAUAUUAGAGUUUAAAUUAUAUUGAAAUAUAUUAAAUUAAGUUAUUACUUUGUUUUGAAUUAUGUAUGUAUUACAUUUGGUCAUUAUUAUAUCACAUAUAAAUGAUUUGUUUUCUUGUUUAUCGCAGGCAGAUUAGAUAAUUCGAUUUUUUUAUGUAAAAGGUGUAAAGUGCAUGUUCGUCCUCCGGACGGUAAAACAUUUGUAAAUUUUGAGAAGAUAUCUAAAAGUAGUAGUCUAAAAAUAAAACCUUGUGCCUUCUUUACCAAAUUCGAUCGAAAAUAAAACAAUAGCUUUCCC